AUGACGUCAGUUUUCGGCAAUGUCGCAAGCUGGUUCACGAGCACAGCAGCAACCACUGGAGAAAGUGACCGUAGUAACAAAGAACCUUCUGCUGGUAAUAAUAAUAAUCCCAAUGAUAGUAUCAUCGUUGAAAGUUUGCCUAAAUUAGUGAAUGUUGAUGAGGAGCCAAUUGAAAUUGUGGAAAUUAACAAAGGAGAAGAUGGUAAUAAAGAAAAGUCUGUGGAAAAUUCAGAAGUGAAGCCAGAAGAGAAAAAUGAUGAAGGUGAGAGUAAAGUUCAUUCAUUGGAGAAAGAUCUGGAAGAAGUUUCUCACCUGGCCUACAAUACUGCCAGGGAUAUUGGAAGCUAUAUUUUCAGUCUUGGGAAGACCUACACAGAACAAGUGGCAAAGACUGCCAAACAACUGAAGGACACAAUUGAGGAGAAGACCAUCAUUGGCGACUUCACAAAAGAGCAAGAGAAGUUUGUGACAGGUAACAAAGAGAAGAAAAAACUGGCAGAUGCAGCUGUCCCACCAUGGGUCGGUUACAAUGAGGAAGAGGUCAUGAAGGUCCAGAUACUUGAACUCUCCAAGGACAAGAGAAAUGUGCUCAGAAAUCCACCAGCUGGCAUUCAGUUCUAUUUUGAUUUUGAAAAUAGCUACCCCAUUGCUUUGGUGAUGUUAGAAGAAGAUGAGAGGCUGAAGAAUCUCAGAUUUGAAUUAGUUCCCAAGCAAAUUAAGGAGGAAAUCUUUUGGAGAAAUUAUUUCUAUAGAGUUUCUCUCAUCAAGCAAUCAACGCAGCUGACAUCAUUGGCUACAGAUGAUAUGCCUACUUCAUCAGCCCCUCACCAUGACCACAAUGAUGUUCCAUCUGGAGCCUACUACAGAGAUGCUCUGAAGAUUUCCGAAUCGGAGUUCGUAAGUGAUGCAUUCCAAGCGACAAACGUUAAUGACCCGGAAUUAGUUUCAGCCAUGCAACAACUGACGACAGCCUCAUCUGGACAAAGCAACAACAACACCGUCACCAUGUCUUCAUCUACUAAUAGCGCUGAUGUUGCAGAUUGGGAAAAAGAAUUACAAGCCGAGCUACAAGAGUACGAAGUUAUCAGUGAUGAUAUAUCGGACGCUGCCCUCGAGAGGGAGAUACUCACGCAACUGGAGCAGGAAAAUAAUUGA